AUGUUCAAGAAUAAUUCAACUGUUAAGGUUAGUGGGAAAGCUGGUCACAAUGUGGACCUUGAUGAAUAUGUUGAAACUUACAUAGUCAGGCCAUUAAAAACAUAUGCAACAGGUAUUUGUAUGUAUUUUAGUAUACUUUAUUCGUAAUUAUUGCGUGCAAUUUUUUCGAGACAGUACUUGUUGAGGCUUUAUUUUUGCAAUUUCGGCAAGGAAUAAUGUAAAAAUGUUGAAAAUGACAAAAUUCAAAAGAAGUUUCUUCGCGACGCUUUAAUUUCGCGAUCUUUUUACAAAAUAAAAAUGCGAUAUUAAGUAUGAAUAAGGAUAGUUUUCCCUUCUGGCAUUGUUGGGAUAAGCAGCAAUGUCAGUUAUUUCAAUCUUUCGCAAAUCCCGGCCACAUAUGUACUUGGAGCGAAAUAACGAAUUUUUUUCGUUGUCUUUUGAAUAUACUAUUUUGUAAUAUUAAGGUAUUUUUGUAUUUUGCUUUUAGGUCAUACAUCAGUUCAGAUGUGUCAACGGCUAAUGGGAAACCUUGAUAUACUUGGCUCAACUCGGAAUGCUUAUGCCAGUCGGCAAGCAUUCAAUAUACAUCCAACCACUAAGCAUACUGAGCAAAGUUCGUUCCCAGACCAAGUAAAAGGUAUGUGGUUCUGUGUGCAGAAUGGCUUUUUUGAACUCAGUGGAAGCGAUGUGCCAAACAAGUACCCAUUGAAAGGCCCGGCUAUCCAAAAGCAUGUACCAAAAAUGCUAAUGCAGGUAAAAGAAAAAAGGGGAAGACAAAGUCAGAGAAAAGUUUGAAGGAAAAUUGCACGAGUGUUUUCCAUCAUUCCGACAAUUCUCUUUUCAAAGAAUAUCUGCACCUUACCGGUCAUCCGAGAGCAUUGGGUCUGAGCCUGAUAUGGAGCAUGAAUUGCAUUGAAACAGUAAACGUCAUACUUUAAUAGUGUGAUACUGUAUAACAACAUUACCUUUAUUAUUAUACGGUGUGUGGAAAAACCCCAAGCUCCUAUCUUCAUCGGUGCAAAUGACAUACAUACUAAUAAUGCCUAUUCGUUUCAUUUUUGUCAAGGGCUUGUUUUGGGCUUACGGUCGAAAGCUCUGCCAAACAAGAAAGCAGUCGGAAAAUGCAAACCUCUGGGAAUGCACCUUGCCCAGUCCCUGCUGAAGAGAUCUCACUCGAGUUCCAAAUUUGAGAAUUGAUCCCUUUUCAUUAAUUGUAAGGCUUUAAAGUAUUAUUUUCGUGUCUACUGCACAUGGAAUUGUGAACAAUUAUAUAUAAAGAAAAUCCUAAUUCAUUAUAGUUAUUCUGUUUAGACAUGCAAUUUAGUAUAGUGAAAGCAUAUAACGUCCUUCAGCUUAGAGAAGGUAAUGAAUAUACUGUACGAGGCGUUUUUCACAAACUCAAAAUUGUUGAUUGCUCAAUCUUAAAAACAAUUAAGUAUUUGAUAUAGUGGGUGCAACCACGGAUGUACAGUAGUAAUACAUAUGGCUACUGCUAACUACACCAUUUGGCCUGGUAGCCUCUCACUCAUGAAUCAUGAGCCAAUUGCUUUUAUUAGCGACAGCAAGGCAAAGCGACGUGUGUGAUGUAAAUAUCAAAAGGGCCUUCGCUUGAAACGUCGAGUUUCUGCUUACUUUUUAAGGUAGUAAUAUAACCACUCAGCACAUCAUUUUCCUAUUGGAUAGAGCUAAAUUGUACAAAAAAUAAUAUUAGUAUAGAUUAACUAUCCUAACAUGUCCAUAUUUUACCCAUAUCAAAUGAGUGAAUUUCGUCUCAUUUAAAUUAUAGUCACACCAAAUGUCAAUUUAAAGCUAAUUUUCAAUGCAUUGGCAUUAAUGUUUUUGUGAUUUGUUUCACUUGUGAAUGUGGAUCAGUAGAUUACAAAGGAGUUAGUCUUAAUUAUCUGCAAGUUAAUCCAAAUAUGUUUCUUCCUUCCUUCAGAUCUACUGCUUUUGGUCCUAAAACAACAACAGAUGUUGUCUGAUGACCAUUUACAACACGGUCACUCUCAUUCAGCACCUCCAAAAUCACCAAGUGUUGAAUGA